AUGCGAGAGGGGAACGGAACACCGUCGGCGUCUGGCAACGGGGCAGGCACCCCCCAUCCAAAUGGGCGCGGCCGCGAGUUGGGCGACACCGGGCCGCCGAGCAACGUCCGCAGGCAGUUCGCCAUUCCAAAACUGGAUGAGAAGCAACUGGAGAUGAAGCUGCAGGAGGCACACGGGCCCGCCGCCUCGUAUGUCGUGGCUGAAGGAGGAGUGGGCAGCGGCACGACAACAGCGGCAAACGUCACUACGGAGGCGGCGGCGGUGACGGAGGCAAGCUCCAUACCACUGAACUCAAAUGCCCCAGCGUUUGUGCUCGGGGCAGGGAAUAGGUACGCUGUGGCGAACGCGAUUGCCGUUGAUAGCCCCUCUGUGAGCGCCACGGCUUUUGCAAGCAUGCAGUGCCAGUCCCAGCAGUAUCAGCUUCCACAUGUGGCUCCAACCGACCAAGAGGUUUAUCUCUCACAAAGUCUGCUCCAAAUGUGUCCUCGGGAGAUAUUGUUGUGGGUCUUGCACUCACUUGUGGAGGAAUCUCCGGUGCUUGCUCCCUACAUUCGUAUGCGCUGUGAAAAGGCCCUUCUUGCGAUUUCCCAGCAACAGCAGCAGCAACAACAACAACAGCAACAACAACAACUGCAGGCCCCAACGGUUGGACUUUUUGCAACUCAUGCUGCUGGUGCCCCUACAGGGAAUGCAGCAUGGGUGCCACAUCUUCCUGCAGCCAACUAUGAAAGCCCACGAGCUUCCUCAUACACAAGCGCUGCAUCUCCGCAUGUUGGUAGUGCCCGUAAGGGACGGGGGAGCAAGGCUCGAGAGGAAGGAAUUUGCAGCUUGCAUAAUAACGUGCGUUCCAUGAAUCACCUGCAGCUUAAUAAGCAGUCAGGACUGUACGAGUGUGUGCACGGUUUUCAUUGCCUUGAGGACGGAGGGUCUGCCGCUGUUACACCGUGCAACUUCAAGAACGCCAGCGCCGCAAGUAACCUUAGCCUGGGUGCCAGCAAAACCUACGUCACUAACCCCAAUUUGGGGGCCCAGCACGCUUUCAAGGCGUCACAAUGGCAAUCCCGGCAAACGAAGGAGGGCAAAAGUGCCUUUAAUGAAAACGUUGGCAUCGUCAAGACAAUGACCCCAACGGCCUCAACUGCCCCAAAACUCCAAAAUGUUCCCACCGCUGUCACCGCCAGCGCUGUCAGCAGCAGCAGCAGCAGUCAUUGCAACAACAACAACAACAACAACAACAACCUACAAACCAACGGUAGACCACGCGUUGCCGGGUGCAAUAAGAACGGAACCGAUGACCCCGUGCACCAUGAGUCAGGUGGGCUCUACGUGAAGGGUGACACACCGGGAUUUACUUGUGAUAUGAACAUACUGCAAAACCUACUUCAAACUGUUCGUGAGCUAGCCACGGAGGAAGGAGAGUAA